UUUAAUGGAAAACUCUGCGCGGGGUCUGACAUCCGCUCUUAAACAUGUUUCUUUGCCUUUCAACACCAGGUCAUCGUCACACAUGGAGGGUCUGCAUGUUUUUCUUGUCCUUCUCCAGGGAGUUGGAUGGCUCAGUUGUAUUUCGGGAUCGGUCUCAGAGGUGAAGGUCAGCCCAGGAGACAACAUCACUCUCUACUGUGACUGCAAGAAGUCCACCGGGGAAUUUAUCGUGUGGUACAGAAACUGUUCUCAUGAGAACCAGCCUUCGCUUGUCCUAAAACUAAUGCUUGAAGCAAUGAAAUUCAGCCCUGAUGAGUCGGUUAUUCUGAAUCCUCUCCCUCGCUUCCACUUUGUGAACAACCAGUCGUCUACAUCCUACGACCUGCUGAUUGUGAAUAUCACUGAUUCUGAUCUGGGCCUCUACUACUGUGGAAUUGAGCAGGUCAAGGUGCUGGACAAGAAGAAAAUCACUAAAGAGACGGUUUACAAACACGGCAACAUGACAACGAGGGUUGUAUUCAACUCCAGUGAGGCGUACAGCAGGCGUCCACCACCAUCGCCUCCCUGCAGUGUGUGCUGGAUGCUGCUCUUCUCUCUGUGCCCAGCGUUUGCUGUCGUCUCCUCUUUAUUAUCAUCUGCUCUGGUUUAUCACCUCUGUCGGAAAACAGCUUUUAAACCCAAAACUGAUGAGGUAAGACCUGACAGCCGAGGCCAAACAAGAGGGCAUGAGGAUGAAGUUGUGUGUUACUCUGCUCUGAAUAUCUGUCAGACAUCACAGAGACCAAAGAAGAAAACCCAGAGUUCAGACGUCAGCACCUAUUCUAUCAUCAAUACUUCUAGAAUUUAAAGAGGAACAUGGAAACAGUACUUUACACUUUGAUAAAAAAAAUGUACAAUACUGUUGUUUGUUCAGAUAUAAGGGUAAAAGAGCUGAGCAUGCUCAUUUGAUUCACAGGGAUCAGUCUAAGAAGCGACUGGCACAGAAAGCAAUUCAAACUUCUAAACUUAGAUUAGAGUAUUGUAACUCUGCGGCAAAAUGUGUUCCACAUCCUGUCAUUAUCACCCAGCAACCUCCGCUGUUGAAAAAUUAAGUCAACGGGAAAGAUUUGUUUUUGUGCCUUUAUUAGAGAGACAGAACAGCGGAUAGAGCGGAUCGAUUUCUCUGGCUUUGACAACUGUUGGAAAUAUUUGAGGAAAAGCACUCAACAAAAUAAAAAUAUAUGAAAUACGUU